ACAGGCUAGUGGACGAGGUGUUGGCACUGACGGGCGGGGAGGCGUGUGAGAAGGGCGUGGAGAUAGCAGCGCUGGUGAUGGACUCGGUGCCAGCAGCUGUUGUGGGGGACCCUCUCAGACUCCGACAGAAGGGGGUGGAGAUAGCAGCGUUGGUGAUGGACUCGGCGCCAGCAGCUGUUGUGGGGGACCCUCUCCGACUCCGACAGGGAGGCGUGCGAGAAGGGCGUGGACUCGGUGCCAUGCCAGCAGCUGUUGUGGGCGACCCACUCCGACUCCUCAUUCUGGCUCUCUAA